AUGUUCACAACCCGUGACCUCUUUGGCUAUCGAAAGAUUUUUGUUUAUUUUGAAAAAGCUAGCAAGUUGGAAAAAGUGAAAGAACGUGAAGCUGAAACGACUGAGGAGUGCGAGAUAGCACGUAGAAAGGCGAGAAAAAUUCGUCUGGUUUUCGAAAAAGUAAAAAAUGAACGUUGUCGCAGGUUUCAAGAAUUGUUUGAGCCAGUCAGUCAAAAGAUCGAUGAGAUUUAUAAGUCUCUCUCCCGAAGUGCUAGUGCACAAGCCGUUCUUUAUGCAGAAGAUCCGGAGGAGCCAUAUUUGGAGGGCAUUCAGUAUAAUUGCGUUGCACCUGGUAAACGCUUCCAGCCCAUGAAUUGUCUUUCCGGAGGGGAGAAGAUUGUUGCAGCGUUAGCACUUCUCUUCGCAAUUCAUGCGCGCAAUCCCUCUCCAUUCCUUGUUCUCGACGAGAUCGACGCCGCUCUCGACAACACAAAUAUAGCAAAGAUGUCUUCCUUCAUACGUGAAUCUGCACGCAAUGGCAUGCAAAUCAUCGUUAUCUCCUUGAAAGAAGAAUUGUACAACACGGCGGACGCCUUGAUUGGAGUGUGUCCUGAGUCGUCCCCUUGCUUUUCAUCCAAUGUGCUAACAUUUGACCUUACGCCCUAUAAGCGCACGGGUGUAAGCGACUCGAAUUUAAGCAUAAGAGAGCCUACGAUUCCUAAUCCGUAA